AGUGGUUGAGCUCCAAAAACCCAGGUCAAAUCUACCAGUUUAAAUUCCCUCCAAAUCUCUAGAAUCCAUUCUCCUAUAUAGUAUAUAUAAUCUUCGUCUUCAUCCCAAAUCCAGCUUAGAUCUCCAUUUGUUCAUCCUUCCAUAAAAAGACUCAUGGAAGGCCUCAAAGGCUUCCGCGCUAUCGUAGCAAUAACUGCAGCAGUGUUAGUGGUUACUUGUUCAGUUAUUUCAGUUCAGGCUCAGAUCAGCACUCCUUGCACAGCCUCACAGAUCACCAGCUUCACCCCAUGCAUAAACUUCCUCACCGGAAGUAGUGCCGGUGGCAGCGCUACGCCGACCGCCGGAUGCUGCGAUUCUGUGGCGUCUCUCAUGAGUGGUAGCAUGGAUUGUGCUUGUCUCAUAGUAACAGGGAACGUCCCUAUCUCUCUGCCCAUUAACCGUACCCUUGCAAUCUCUCUCCCACGAGCAUGUAAUUUACCUCUUCAGUGCAAAGCAUCUGGUGUUCCAUUACCGGCUCCAGGUCCUGUUAUUUUUGCACCACCGCCGCCGCCUCUUGUGCCUGCUUCAUCCCCACUUUCACCCGUUGCUGCGCUACCGCCGCCGUCUCAUGUGCCUGCUUCAUCCCCGUCUCAUGUGCCUGCUUCAUCCCCACUUUCACCCGUUGCUGCGCUACCGCCGUCGUCUCAUGUGCCUGCUUCACCCCCACUUUCACCCGUUGCUGCUGCCGCUGCUCCUUCUCCUUUCAGUCCCACAGCUUCCAAAUCAACAUUAGCUGCGGCUGAAACACCAGCCGAGACACCAGCAUCUCCGCCUGUGCAUUCAGUAGCUCCAACAGCAACUCCCGGGAUUAAACCGGUUGUGACUUCAACAUCGGCUUCGAGUCCAUCCUACAUCCCCUCACCCUUCGUCCUGCUGGUGUUCAUGGGAAUCAUGGCUUUUAAGGGCCAUUAAUUAAGGUGGAAAAAAAUGUCGUUACAGGCUUACAGCGAUUGCUUGUCUCUCUGCUCUUUUGCUGUUCAUGCAUUCUUUCUACUUACAGGAGCUGAUCGAUGUAGAUCAUCAUUGUUUUAGAAUGUGGGAAAUACAUGAACUGUAGUGCACCAUAUGAGUUGACAGAAUUAAAAAAUAUAAGAUCACUGCAGUUCCUUUUCGGGCGGCUGUACUUUCAUGCUUUAGUUGAUUUGCCAAUUCUCCUAAUACCAAUGUAAUGCGAUUAAAGAUUCAGAUUCUAAAUGGGCAAGGGAAAGAAAUGGAACAAAUUGGAUGAAGUAAACCUUCGAUUAGUUACUCAGCAAGCAUCAAUAACCUUGGUUAAUCGUCAAUAACCAACAAAACUCGGGUUGUUUACGAUUCAUGACGGAAAAUCUUGACCGAAAAAUAGUUGAGAGUCAUUGGUAGUUUGAAGUCUUGUUCUUGCAAUUUCUCAACAGGAAAAGUAGCACCCGGUGGUGAGUCGCGGAUUAAGCAACUCGAUCGAGUUUCAAAAUGAAACAUAACCAACAAACAAUAUGUUAGACCCUAGUAGACAUAUGGUCCCUCCAUUAAUUUAGACAUGUCAUUCAAGCUUAUGAAAAACCAUGAAUCAUGCAGAUAGAGCCUAGAGUGCAACGUUUGCACUGUUAAUCCAUAGUCCAUACAUAUGAGACUUUUGGGUAAGUAAGGAUUUUGUUUACGAGCUAGAGGAUUCCUCAAAACAAUGGCCAGUACACACAAGGUAGGUGCUCUGCCGAUGCUUCUAAAAAAUGGCAUGACGUAGAAACAGAAACGAGACAUGGGGCGCAUACGGUGUCAAGCCAAACUUUCGUAAUCUAAGGCUCCAUCUAGUUGUUGCCUGUCGGGAAUGUUGUGUGGGAAAUGGAUUCUCAGAAAAUGUAAUGUGAGGUGAAGUAAAAAUAAAUAAAUUUUUUUUAUAUAUGUGUUCUCUUGACAAGGAAUCUUGCAAGAAAACUAAAAUUCAUUCAUUUUGGCAGGAUCUAUUCUGCAUGAAAGUAUUAUUUUUCAGUAAGAAAGUUUGAAGUUAUGUGUUCCACAAUUUUUUUUGGUAACUUAACACACAGAAAGUUGCAGAAAAAGAUACGAGAAGCCUGUUAGUUGUAACUGAACCCGCAGAAAGUUACGGGAAAGGCCUUUGAUUUCUUCUCUUCCACUGGCUAAUUAUAGCAAGCCCAUGUUUUCGGCUAAGCCACUCUUAUCAGAAAACAAAUGAAAACCACAAAUUUCCCAUGAUUCGAGGUGCAUCUCCCAAACAAAGCUACAGCCCUCCUAUAAAAGCCCAUGCCCAUUGCCCUCUAUAAUCCAUCAGAUCUCAAAUAAACACAGCAACAAAAGCUCCAAUAAGAAAAAACAAAGCAGAUAUCAAACAGAGAGAUCGAUCAAACCCAAAACAGAAAUGGCCGCCACCACCAAGUUUGUCGCAGUGCUUCUGAUGUGCAUGGCCGUCAUGGCAGCCGUGCAGGUGCAGGAGGCCCAAGCCAUCGGCGAGGUCUACAAGACGUGCUAUGGCGGCUGCCAUAACGACUGCUUGAAAUCCGGCAACGGAUCCACCUUCUGCGAAAUGAAGUGCGACACCGACUGCGCCGCCAAAGAGGCUGCUGCCAAAGUGGAAGCAUUCAAGAACCGGGUCUAAGAAGGGUGCUGUUUUUGGCGCUCCCCAAAUGGAAUAGAAGGCGACUGCAGUCCCUAGAAUAAAGCUGUGGGAGAAAUUCAUUUAUUUCUUUCCAUUGCCCAUGUACUACUAAAAAAAGAACUCAAUAAAAUCAGUGUUCGCCUA